GGUGGGUAAACUACAACUCCCAGCGUGCCACGCGGCCCGCUGGCGUUAUGCACUCUCGCUGAUUGGCCGCUAGCGAUAUUUGAAAGGAGGGGCUGGCGCGGAAAACGAUUACCCUUUGGGUCCUUUUGGAGUACUGUGGCUGGAGCUCUCGGCACUAUGAGGAACUUCAAAGGAGUCAACUUUGGGACCCUGCUGAGCAGCCAGAAGGAUGCUGAAGACUUGCUGUCUGACUUGAAGGAGUUCCUGUCCAAGCCUCCAGCUGGUUGUCCCAGCAGCCGAUCUGACACGGAGCGCAGACAGACUUGUGACGCCAUCCUGAGGGCUUGCAAUCAACAGCUGACGGCCAGGCUCCCCGGCCCUAGGCACCUGGGGAGCCUGCUGGAGCUGGCAGAGCUGGCCUGCAAUGGCUACGUGGUGUCUACUCCCCAGCGCCCUCCCCUCUACCUGGAACGCAUUCUCUUCAUCUUACUGCGGAACGUGGCUGCUCAGGGAAGCCCAGAGGCCAUGCUGCACCUCGCCCAGCUUCUCCAUGCCUGCUUCAUGCAGUGCGCUCCCCAAGCUGCCUCACAGGACUAUGAGGCUGUGGCUCGAGGCAGCUUUUCUCUGCUUUGGAAGGGAGCAGAAGCGCUGUUGGAGCGGAGAGCGGCGCUCUCAGCUCGGAUGAAGGCCUUGAGCUUCCUUGUCCUCCUGGAGGAUGAAAGUACCCUUUUCGAGGUUCCUCACUUUGCUUCGCCAACAGCCUGUCGAGUGGUAGCUGCCUAUCAGCUAUUUGACGCGAGUGGGCGUGGCCUAGACGAAGCAGAUGCUGAUUUCCUAGAUGACUUGCUCUCCAGGAACGUGAUCAGAGCCUUGGUGGGUGAGGGAAGUGCCUCUCCCAGUCCUCUUUCUCCCCAGAGGGCCCUCUGCCUCUUGGAGCUCACCUUAGAGCACUGCCGUCGCCUGUGCUGGAGCCACCACUACGACAAGGCCACCAGCACAGUGGGGAGGGCUCAUGGUUACCUCAGGGACACCAGUGUGGCCCCCAGCCUCCAGCUGUGCCAGUUGGGGGUGGAGCUGCUACAUGUCGGGGAGGAAGGAUCCCAGGCAGUGGUUCAGCUUCUCAGCAAGGCAUCAGCUGUCUUGAACCACAGUGUGAAGGCACCGUUACCCCCACUUCGGGCAUUGUAUGACUCCUGCCAGUUCCUCCUUUCAAGCCUGGAACGAGGUAUCAAGAAACACUAUGGACCCGAAGCUAUUGGGAGCCUCUUUGGUUUCCUGGGAGGAUACUGCUCUCUUAUCCAGCAGCUCCGGGAUGAUGGUGCCUGUGUGGACUCCCCCAAGCAGCAGCAGUCUUUGGUGCAGACGCACUUUCAGGGUCUUCACCUCUACACUGUGAUGGUUUAUGACUUUGCCCAGCGCUGUCAGGUAGCUGAUCUGGCUGACUUGGCCCAGCUAGCGGAGAGCUGCAGAUCUACUGCCGUCUGGAUGCUGGAGGCCUUGGAGGGCCUGUCAGGCCAAGAGCUGACUGACUACAUGGCCGUGACUGCCUCGUACACCAGUAACCUGGCCUACAGCUUCUACAGUCACAAGCUCUAUGCCGAGGCCUGUGCCAUCUCCGAGCCACUCUGCCAGCACCUGGGCUCGGCGAAGCCAGGCACUUACCCUGAGGUGCCUCCGGAGAAAUUGCACAGGUACUUCCGGCUGCAUGUAGAGAGCUUGAAGAAACUGGGUAAACAGGCGCAGGGCUGUGAGAUGGUGACCUUGUGGCUGGCGGCCCUGCAGCCCUGCAGCCCCGAACACAUGGCUGAGCCAGUCACUUUCUGGGUUCGGGUCAAGAUGGAUGCGACCAGGGCUGGAGACAAAGAGCUACAGCUAAAGACUCUGCGAGAUAGCCUGAGUGACUGGGACCCAGAGACCCUGGUCCUCGUGCUGAGGGAGGAGCUGCAAGCCUACAAGGCAGUGCGGGCUGACACGGGGCAGGAACGCUUCAACGUCAUCUGUGACCUGCUGGAGCUGAGCCCUGAGGAGACACCAGCCGGGGCCUGGGCGCGAGCCACCCACCUGGUGGAACUGGCUCAGGUGCUCUGCUACCAUGACUUCGCCCAGCAGACGGACUGCUCUGCCCUGGAUGCUAUCCAGGAGGCCCUGCAGCUUCUGGAGGCUGUGAAGCCAGAGGCCCAGGCCAAGGAUCGGCUUCUGGACGAUAAAGCACAGGCACUGUUGUGGUUCUACAUCUGCACCUUGGAGGCCAAAAUACGGGAGGGUAUUGAGCGGGAUCGGAGAGCCCAGGUUCCUAGUAACCUGGAGGAAUUUGAAGUCAAUGAUCUCAACUAUGAAGAUAAACUCCAGGAAGAUCGCUUCCUGUACAGUAACAUCGCCUUCAACCUGGCUGCGGAUGCAGCUCAGUCCAAACCCCUGGACCAAGCCCUUGCUCUGUGGAAGGAGGUCCUUACAGAGGGGCAGGCUCCAGCUGUGCGGUGUCUCCAGCAGACAGCAGCCUCGCUGCAGAUCCUCGUGGCCCUCUAUCAGCUGGUGGCCAAGCCUCUGCAGGCCCUGGAGGCCCUCCUGCUCCUGCGGAUCGUCUCUGAGAGAUUGGUGGACCAUGCGAAAGCAGCCAGCUCCUCUUGCCAGCUCGCCCAGAUCCUCCUGAGCCUCGGCUGCCCCAGCUAUGCCCAGUUCUACCUGGAAGAGGCCGAAUUGACCCUGACGCAUCUCGAUGAGACCACGGACACGCACCUGCUCCUUUCCCUGACCUGUCAGCUACUUCGAAGUCAGCUCUGCUGGGCGCAGCAGAAGGUGACUGAGGGUGUCUCUCUGUUGCUGACUGUCCUUCGGGACCCUGCACUCCAGAAGUCAUCCAAGGCUUGGUACUUGCUUCGAGUCCAGGCCUUGCAGCUGCUGUCCAUCUACCUUAGCCUCUCAUCAAACAGCCUCUCAGAUGCCCUGCGCGAGCAGCUUUGGGCCCAAGGCUGGCAGACACCUGAGACAGCACUCGUAGACUCCCACAAGCUCCUCCGAAGCAUCAUCCUCCUACUGAUGGGCGGUGAUGUUCUCUCCCUCCAGAAAGCAGCUGUGGAGACACCGUUCCUGGACUGUGGUGAAAAUCUGGUACAAAAAUGGCAGGUUCUUUCAGAGGUCCUGAGCUGCUCAGAGAAGCUGGUCUGCUGCCUGGGCCGCCUAGGGAGUGUGAGUGAAGCCAAGGCCUUUUGCUUGGAGGCCCUGAAACUUACCACGAAGCUGCAGCUGCCAUGCCAGUGUGCCCUGUUCCUGGUGCUGAAAGGCGAGCUGGAGCUGGCCCGCAGUGACAUGGACCUCUGUCAGUCGGACCUGCAGCAGGUUCUGUUCCUGCUCGAGUCCUGUACAGAGUUUGCGGGGGUGGCCCAGCACCCAGACGCUGUGAAGAAGGUCCACCUACAGAAGGGGAAGCAGCCGGCCCGGGCCCCCCGGCCCCCGCAGCUCCUGGAGGAGGAGUCUUUCCUAAAAGGUCCUGCUCUGGAGCUGGUGGCCACCGUGGCCAAGGAGCCCGGCCCCACUGCACCUUCGACAAACUCCUCCCCGGCUCUAAAAACCAAGCCCCAGCCCCGCCCUGGCUUCCUUUCUCACUCCGCCACCUGUGACUGCUCGCUCUGUGCCAGCCCUGUCCUCUCAGCGGUCUGUCUGCGCUGGGUGUUGGUCACAGCAGGCGUGAGGCUGGCCACAGGCCGUGAGGCCCAGGGUCUGGAGCUGCUGCAGGUUGUGCUAAAGGGUUGCCCUGCAGCGACCAAGCGCCUCACCCAAACUCUCCAGGCUUCCCUGAAGCACAAAGCCCCCGCCUCUCCUGUCCCGAGCCUUCUGGAUGAGCUGCUGGCGCAGGCGUACACACAGCUGGCGCUGGCGGGCCUGAAGCAGCCUUCAAACAAGAGCCUGGGGAAGAUCCUAGAGUCGGGGCUGAAGUUCACGGCCCCGCGGAUCCACCAGCUGGAGCCCUGGCGAGUCAGCCUGCUCUUGAUUCAGGCCCUCGCGAAGCUGGCUGGCCUCAGCUGCUGCACUGCCCAACUUUUUGCAAGCUCCUGGGGCUGGCAGCCACCACUGAGCAAAAGCCCGCCAGGCUCAGAGCCUUCUAAGCCGCAGAGCCAAAAACGUUGUGGCCGGGGGCACCAGCAGGCAGCCUCUGCUCCCCCGCCCCUCCAUAAUACCUCUCACAGAGGCCCAGAAGGGGGCGGACCACCUUGUACGCCUAAGCCCCCAGGCCGGGUCAGGCCAGCUGGCCCUCGAGUCCCCUUCACCGUGUUUGAAGAAGUCUGCCCUACGAAGAAUAAGCCCGAGGUUCCCCGGGCCCCCAGAGUACAGCAGAGGGUCCAGACGCGCCUUAAGGUGAACUUCAGCGAUGACAGUGACUUGGAAGACCCUGUCUCCACUGAGAUAUUACUUGUGGAGGAACCUAAGAGACACGGCACUGCUUCCCGGGGUCAGGGCCGGGGCCAGGGCCGGGCUAGGAAGAGCCCAGGCUUGAAGACAGGUGCAGCGGCUGCUCCAGGUAGCGCUGCUGUGAGUAGGAGCCGUAGAACCAAGAAGGCGGCAUCAAGACCCUGUGAAGAGCAGGACCCCCAGACAGCCCACUGUGGCCAGGCCAGGCUGGGCCCCGAGAUCAUGAGGGCCAUCCCCGAGGAGCUGACUGACAGCUGGAUGGAAAUGAGCUUCGAGACCCUCAGAGCCUCCGAUGGAGAAGACUCGGCCUCAGGUGGGAAGGCGCCCGCUCCAGGUGCUGAUCCCCCCAUAGGAGAAUGUGAGGUGUUGAGACGCGAUUCCAGCAAGGAGGAGCUGCCCGUCCUGGUCCCAGGCAAGCAGAGCAGCAGGGACCUCGGUCCUUGGCUCCGGCCCCCCACCGUCUCCGCAGCUGUUGGUUCCUCUACCCUGGAUUCCGUGUGCGACUCCCUGAGCAUUGCUUUCUGUGGGGUCAGUCACUGCCCUCCUAGUGGGCUCUACGCCCACCUCUGCCGCCUCUUGGCCUUGUGCCUGGGCCACCGGGAUCCCUAUGUCACUGCCUUCCUCGUUGCUGAGUCUGUCUCUAUUACCUGUCGCCACCAGCUGCUCACCCACCUCCACAGACAGCUCAGCAAGGCCCAGAAGCAUCGAGGAUCACUCAGACUGGCGGAGCAGCUGCAGCAGCUGAGCCUCCAGGAGCUGCCUGGCGAUGUCCCUCUGGCCCGCAUCCAGUGCCUCUUUUCCUUCAGGGCUUCAGGAGCUGGUGCCUUUCCCCAGCCUGAGAAGCAGCGUUUCCAGGAGCUCCUGGCUCUGCUCCCCAGCGAGGUGACUGUCUGCGUGUUGGCUGUGGCCACCCUCCAGCCUGGAACUGUGGGCAAUACCCUCUUGUUGACGCGACUGGAAAAGGACAACCCCCCAGUCACUGUGCAGAUCCCCACCGCCCAGGACAAGUUCCCCCUGAGUUCAGCGCUGAGAGAAUUUGAUGCCAUUCAGAAGGAGCAGAAAGAGAACAGCAGCUGCACUGACAAGCGAGCCUGGUGGACAGGCCGGCUGGCCCUGGACCACAGGAUGGAGGACCUCAUCACCUCCCUGGAGAAGCAUGUGUUGGGCUGCUGGCGGGGGCUGCUGCUGCCCUCCAGUGAGGAGCCCGGCCCUGCGCAGGAGGCCUCCCGCCUGCAAGAGUUGCUGCAGGACUGCGGCUGGCAGUAUCCCGACCCCACUGUGCUGAAAGUCUUGCUCAGUGGUGCCAGUACCCUCACAACCCAGGACAUUCAGGCCCUGGCCUACGGGCUGUGCCCAGCCCAACCAGACCGAGCCCAAGAGCUCCUGACUGAGGCAGCCGAGCGUCUACAGGGGCAGACAGCACCAAGCAAUAAGCACCUUGUCUUGGUGCUGGACAGGGAUCUGCAGAAGCUGCCGUGGGAAAGCAUACCCUGCCUGCGAGCACUGCCCGUCACCCGUCUGCCCUCCUUCCACUUCCUGCUCAGCUAUUCCGUCAUCAAAGAGGCUGGGGCCUCAUCGGUGCUGAGGCAGGGGGUGGAUCCUCGGAGCGCCUUCUAUGUCCUGAACCCUCACAAUAACCUGUCAAGCACAGAGGAGCAAUUUCGAGCCAAGUUUAGCAGUGAAGCUGGCUGGAGAGGGGUGGUCGGGGAGGUGCCGAGGCCGGAACAGGUGCAGGCGGCCCUGACAGAGCAUGACUUGUAUAUCUACGCUGGGCACGGGGCUGGCGCCCGCUUCCUCGACGGACAGGCAGUGCUGCGGCUGAGCUGCCGGGCGGUGGCCCUGUUGUUUGGCUGCAGCAGCGCGGCCCUGGCUGUGCACGGAGACCUGGAGGGGGCUGGCAUCGUGCUCAAGUACAUCAUGGCCGGCUGCCCCCUGUUUCUGGGAAAUCUCUGGGACGUGACUGACCGAGACAUUGACCGCUACACAGAUGCUCUCCUGCAGGGCUGGCUCCGAGCGGGCCCAGGGGCCCCUCUGCUCCGCCACGUCAGCCAGGCCCGCCAGGCUCCCCGACUCAAGUCUCUUAUCGGAGCCGCACCUGUCGCCUACGGCUUGCCCGUCUUCCUUCGGUGAGGCUUGGCGCUGUCUCCUUGCUGGCAGAGGCUAUGUGACUGCUCUACCUCCAACCUUAGAUUCUACCCUCAGGAUAGAUAUUUUAAAGUCAUUUUCCCUCGAGUUUUAUAUGAAAUAUUUCCUUCCCAUUUAAUCUUAAUAUAAUAAAGAUAUAUCACUUAU